GCCAAGCCUGGGCUUUAAAGCAAUUCGACGCGGCGGCAUGGCCACGGCGCGAAGGACUCGUAACAGGUAGGCCCGACGCCCAUCGCCAAGCGAGCGGCGCCCUGAACCACAGCAAAAGCCGGGGAGGGGCAGCCCUCCUCUCGAUACCAUGACCUCCUCGCACAACUACGGCGUGAACACGCUGAGCCUCAAGGGCGGCAACCACGACGCGACGCGGAACUACCUGGAGGUGCUGAUCUACCUCACCGUGCUCGGCAUGCUCGUGCUCAGCCUCCAGCUUUUAUUGAGGAUGGCGCGGACGCAGAUGCAGCCGCGGCCCAAGUACGUCAAGCCCGACCCGCUCUUCAAGGACUUCGCGAAGGGCCAGAACUGGAGCUGGGACUGGGUCAUGGUCUUCGCCGUGCGCAACCCCGACGACUACGUGUCGGACUACCAGCGGCGGUUCACGCUCCGGCGCGUCGUCGAGCGCCUCGAGUCGGGCGGCCUCGAGACGAAGCUCUACAAGUCGUACACGUAUGACAAGAUCUUUUGUAAGAUACGGUGCAGCGCGGACCGGCUCAAGGACCAAGCCGCAGAAGUGUGCUACCCCCUGCUCCUGGACGAGACGCAGGUCGUCGCGCGCAUCGAGAAGGGACGGAAGAAGCCGGACGGCGAGUGGAAGUGGUACCCGCGGCGCGCGGGCUGGCUCCUGACGGGCGAGAACGAGGCCGGCGAGUACGUCGAGCGCGAGCAGGACAACGCCAUCGUCGACACGGAGGGCCAGUCGGACUACCCCUAUGAACGGUUUAUCUACGGCAAGUUCGACAAAAGGCCGGACCUGCAGCACCCGUCGGUCUACGUGACGUACCCCGCCUCCAACAGCAUCUUCCGGUCCGUCGACCGCCUCAAGCUCAUCGAGGGCAUCAUGGAGGCGGACCCGAAGAAGCGCGGCUGCAACCUGCAGCUCAAGGAGCUGCUGGCGCGGGGCGCGUGCCUCGCGAUCUACCCGCUGCACGACGACGACGAGUUGCAGACGAUCCAGGACCGCUGGCUGACGCCCUGCGACCCGCCCUGGGCGCAGCCCAUCGUCAUGGUCAAGGACUACUUCGGCGAGAAGGUGGGCAUGUACUUCCUGUUUUUGGGGACGUACUCGACGUGGCUCUUCUACGCGGCGGGCAUCGGCAUCGCCUCCUUCGGGUUGGAGCUGCUGGGGGGCCAGUACCUGACCUGGGCGACGGCGGCCUGCGGCAUCUGCAUGAGCCUGUGGACGACGCUCUUCCUCGAGUGCUGGAAGGGCGAGGAGGCGCGCGCGAAGCUCGAGUGGGGCAUGACGGGCUUCGAGGAGACGGAGGAGGACCGCACCGAGUUCGAGGGCCGCGAGAUCCACAGUCCGGUGACGGGCCUGCCCGACGCGUACUUCCCGCCGCGCGACAAGGCCCGGCGCAUCGUGGGCAGCUACCUCCAGAUCGUGCUCUGCAUCUUCUACGUGAGCUGCGUCAACGCGGGCAUCUUCUACGUCCACGCCUACGUGAGCCGCUACCCUUUGCGCAACUACGUCGACUUCCACCACCUCGCGGACGGGCCCUUCGGCGUGCCGACGGUCGUCACGAACCUCGCGCUGGCGCUGUUGAUCCAGGCGACGAACGCGCUCUUCAUGCCCUUCGCGACGCGCAUGACCAAGGUCGAGAACCACCGGACCGAGACGGACUUCGAGGAUCAAUUGAUAGCCAAGGUCUUCCUCUUCCAGUUCGUCAACUCGAACGGCGCGCUCUUCUACGUGGCCAUGGCGCAGGGGCCCCUGACGCGCGGCAUCGGCGACAAGCAGCCCUGGAAGACGCGGCGCUUCGACUGCGCGCCGUACUGCCUCGAGCACGUCAGUUAUUUGCUGGGCACGAUCUUCAUCGUGCGCGUCGUGCUGGGCAACUGGAACGAGGUCGUGGCGCCGUUCCUGGCGCGGCUGCGCAAGGACGCCGCGCGGCGGCGCGGCCACGACGAGGACGACGCCGAGUACGAGGACCCGGCGUCGACCAGCAUCCGCAAGCGCCAGGUGUCGCCGGCCGAGGAGCAGUUCGAGAAGGACGACUACGGCAGCCUCGACAUCUUUGAUGAUUACGGCGAGCUCGUCGUGCAGUUCGGCUACGCGACGCUCUUCGUGUCGGCCUUCCCGCUCGCGCCGGUCUUCGCGUGCGUGAACAACUUCAUCGAGAUCCGGGUCGACGGCUGGAAGAUGUGCCAGAACACGAAGCGGCCCUGGCCCAAGGGCGCCGAGGACAUUGGUACGUGGGAGUCGGUGCUCACGGUCGUCGCGAUCCUGGGGACGAUCACGAACAGCAUCAUGAUCACGCAGACGAGCCCGGCCUUUACCAACGUGACGUCGUCGUACCGGCUCGUGGCCUUCGUCGUGCUCGAGUGGAUUUUGAUAGGGGCAAAGAUCGUGCUCAUCGGUGCACGAAUCAAAUUGUCGCGGCUCGUCUCACGACCUCCACACACAGGUACUGAUGAGCGUCAUCGACGACGUCCCGGAGGACGUCGAGCUCCAGGAGCAGCGCCAGGAAUUCCUCGUGACGAAGAUCAUCGUCGACGAGGCCGACGAGGAAAUAGAUCUCGAGGACGACGAGUUCAUAGAGAUCGACGAGCCCAAGGUCUACCAGUCGGACCCCUGCCUCCGCGAGGACGCCGGCGGCGGCGACGAGGACGACGGGCCAGGCGGUGAGAAGAAAGAGCCUGACGCGGAGGAGUAACGGCGCCGUGUUUUUGUAGUUCGACCCACUGCCGACCCCCGAACGACGCCCGGCCGCGC